CCGGUUUCCCUUUCGUUCUCCAGCCGGCGCAGCUUUCCCUUCCCCGACCCGAGGGCUCAGGAGCUUUCGGGGUGAGGACGGCACCCGGACAUCAUGCUGGACCCGUCUUCCAGCGAAGAGGAGUCGGACGAAGGGGUGGAAGAGGAGAGACGCGAUGUGCUGGUGGCGGCCGGUGGCUCCCAGCGAAGCCUGCCCGCGGCUCCUCUCCGGGAAGGGCGGCGGGACCCUCCAGGGCGCCCGGGCUGCGGCAGCACCGCCAGACCUGUCAGCCCGAGCCCCUCGGUGCUGAGCGAGGGGCGAGAGGAGCUGGAGCGGCAGCAACAGGAGGAAAACGAGAAGCGCAUCCGCCUGCAGCUCUAUGUCUUUGUAGUGAGGUGCAUCGCGUACCCGUUCAACGCCAAGCAGCCCACCGACAUGGCCCGGAGGCAGCAGAAGCUUAAUAAACAACAGUUACAGAUAUUAAAAGAACGAUUUCUGGCCUUCCUUAAUGGAGAAACCCAAAUUGUAGCAGAUGAAGCAUUUUGUAAUGCAGUUCGAAGUUAUUAUGAGGUUUUCCUUAAGAGUGAUCGGGUAGCCAGAAUGGUUCACAGUGGAGGGUGUUCUGCUAAUGACUUCAGAGAUGUAUUCAAGAAAAACAUUGAGAAGAGGGUACGGAGUUUGCCAGAAAUUGAUGGUUUGAGCAAAGAGACAGUGCUGAGUUCAUGGAUAGCCAAAUAUGAUGCUAUCUAUAAAGGUGAAGAGGACCUGUGCAAACAGCCAAAUCGAAUGGCACUCAGUGCUGUGUCAGAACUUAUAUUGAGCAAGGAACAACUUUAUGAAAUGUUUCAACAAAUCCUGGGUAUAAAAAAAUUGGAACAUCAGCUGCUUUAUAAUGCAUGUCAGCUGGACAAUGCAGAUGAGCAAGCAGCCCAGAUCAGAAGGGAGCUUGAUGGACGUCUACAAUUGGCAGAAAAGAUGGCAAAGGAAAGGAAAUUUCCCAAGUUUGUAGCAAAAGAAAUGGAGAGCAUGUUUAUAGAAGAAAUGAGGUCUUCCGUGAAUUUGCUAAUGGCCAAUCUGGAAAGUCUUCCAGUAUCUAAAGGUGGUCCCGAGUUUAAACUGCAGAAGUUAAAGCGAUCACAGAAUUCUGCUUUCUUAGAUAUGGGAGAUGAGAAUGAGAUUCAGCUGUCAAAAUCAGAUGUGGUGUUGUCAUUCACAUUAGAGAUUGUCAUAAUGGAAGUUCAAGGCUUAAAAUCGGUUGCUCCAAAUCGAAUUGUUUAUUGCACAAUGGAAGUGGAAGGCGGAGAAAAACUUCAGACAGAUCAGGCUGAAGCUUCAAGGCCACAAUGGGGUACCCAAGGAGAUUUUACCACUACUCAUCCUCGACCUGUGGUUAAAGUAAAGCUCUUCACUGAAAGUACAGGAGUUCUAGCCCUUGAAGAUAAGGAAUUAGGAAGGGUAAUUUUGUAUCCAACUUCCAACAGCUCAAAGACAGCUGAAUUGCACAGGAUGGUAGUUCCAAAAAAUAGCCAGGAUUCUGAUCUGAAAAUCAAAUUGGCCGUGAGAAUGGAUAAACCACCACAUAUGAAGCAUAGUGGAUAUUUAUAUGCCCUUGGACAAAAGGUUUGGAAAAGGUGGAAAAAACGAUACUUCGUUCUUGUUCAGGUCAGCCAGUACACCUUUGCUAUGUGCAGUUACAGAGAAAAGAAGUCUGAACCACAGGAGUUAAUGCAGCUUGAAGGAUAUACUGUGGACUACACAGAUCCACACUCAGGACUUCAGGGUGGCCAGAUGUUCUUUAAUGCUGUUAAAGAAGGAGAUACUGUAAUAUUUGCCAGCGACGAUGAUCAAGAUAGGAUACUAUGGGUCCAGGCUAUGUAUAGGGCAACAGGUCAGUCAUAUAAACCUAUUCCUGCAACUCAAACCCAGAAGCUGAAUCCUAAAGGAGGAACUGUCCAUGCAGAUGCUGCUCAGCUUUAUCCAGAUCGUUCUCAGAAACAUGGUAUGGAUGAGUUUAUUUCUGCUAAUCCCUGCAAGUUUGACCAUGCAUCCCUCUUUAGAUUACUUCAGAGGCAGACUUUGGAUCAUAGACUGAAUGAUUCCUACUCCUGUUUGGGUUGGUUUAGUCCUGGUCAAGUCUUUGUUUUAGAUGAGUACUGUGCUCGCUAUGGAGUGAGAGGCUGUCAUAGACAUCUCUGCUACCUUACAGAAUUGAUGGACCAUUCAGAAAGUGGUGCUGUCAUUGACCCAACCCUGCUCCAUUACAGCUUUGCAUUCUGCGCAUCUCACGUGCAUGGUAACAGACCUGAUGGAAUUGGAACCGUUUCAGUGGAAGAAAAAGAAAGGUUUGAAGAGAUUAAAGAAAGGCUGUCUUCCCUUUUAGAAAACCAAAUUAGCCAUUUCAGGUACUGCUUUCCCUUUGGACGGCCUGAAGGUGCUCUCAAAGCUACACUUUCGUUACUUGAAAGGGUUUUAAUGAAAGAUAUUGCCACUCCAAUACCAGCGGAAGAGGUGAAGAAAGUGGUCAGAAAGUGUCUAGAGAAGGCUGCCUUGAUCAAUUACACUAGACUUACAGAAUAUGCCAAAAUAGAAGAGAUCAUGAACCAAGCUGCUCCUGCUAGAAAGCUAGAAGAGGUCCUUCAUCUAGCAGAGCUCUGCAUAGAGGUAUUACAGCAGAAUGAAGAGCAUCAUUCAGAGGCGUUUGCUUGGUGGCCAGAUCUGUUGGCCGAACAUGCAGAGAAAUUUUGGUCAUUAUUUACUGUGGAUAUGGAUUCAGCACUAGAGGCUCAGCCACAAGAUUCUUGGGAUAGUUUUCCACUUUUCCAACUGCUAAAUAACUUCCUAAGAAAUGACACACUUUUGUGUAAUGGAAAAUUUCAUAAGCACUUGCAAGACAUCUUUGUUCCCUUGGUCGUCCGCUACGUGGAUCUCAUGGAAUCUUCCAUCGCCCAAUCCAUUCACAGGGGUUUUGAGCAAGAAACGUGGCAGCCUGUCAACAAUGGAUCAGCCACUUCAGAAGAUCUCUUUUGGAAACUAGAUGCACUGCAAAUGUUUGUCUUUGAUCUGCACUGGCCAGAACAAGAAUUUGCUCACCACUUAGAGCAAAGACUUAAACUCAUGGCCAGCGAUAUGAUCGAGGCCUGCGUCAGAAGAACAAGAAUUGCAUUUGAACUCAAGCUGCAAAAGGCCAGCAAAACAACCGACCUACGGAUUCCAGCAUCAGUAUGCACGAUGUUUAAUGUCUUAGUCGAUGCCAAAAAGCAAAGCACCAAACUCUGUGCCCUGGAUGGAGGACAAGAGCUUGGUAGUCAAUGGCAACAGUAUCAUUCUAAAAUAGAUGAUUUGAUUGAAGACACUGUAAAAGACAUCAUUUCACUUCUGGUUUCAAAGUUUGUUUCAGUGUUGGAAGGAGUGCUGUCUAAGCUGUCAAGGUAUGAUGAAGGCACUUUCUUCUCAUCCAUUCUGUCAUUCACUGUGAAAGCAGCUGCAAAAUAUGUUGAUGUUCCAAAACCAGGAAUGGAUUUAUCUGAUGCCUAUAUCAUGUUUGUCCGGCAAAAUCAGGAUAUCCUUCGAGAAAAGGUCAAUGAGGAAAUGUAUAUAGAAAAGUUGUUUGAUCAAUGGUACAGCAGCUCCAUGAAAGUCAUUUCCGUGUGGUUGGCGGAUAGAUUAGACCUUCAGCUUCACAUCUACCAACUGAAGACUCUCAUCAAAAUAGUAAAGAAAACAUACAGAGACUUCCGGUUACAAGGUGUGUUGGAGGGAACACUAAACAGUAAAACCUAUGAAGCUCUUCACAGCCGCUUAACUGUGGAGGAGGCCACAGCCUCUGUUUCUGAUGGAGGAGGACUUCAGGGCAUUACAAUGAAAGACAGCGAUGAGGAAGAAGAAGAAGAAGGAUGAGAGCAAGUAGAUUCUCUAUUAGUGACUUGACAUUGUUAAUUUUGUAACUUGUCCUAGUAAUUAAAGUUAGGGAUUUGACCACAUAUAAAUAAUUGUAUUUCAUUCCACUGUUUAAAAAAAAUAUUUAUAGAAACAGGGUUAAAAAGAAAAAAAUGCCAAGAUUUUUGGGAGGGUAGGAUUAUCUUCUUCCUAUCCAGUUUGACACAGAGCUGAGUUUUGCUCUCAUUUGUGACCGAGAUAUGUACCUUUCAUUUCUUGAAUUUAACAUUUAUUUCUCUACAUCCAGUGAAGUAUGUCUGCAUAAAGCAAAAAUAUGUACCUCAAAUUGUGACCAGAAGUCAUUCAUCACUGUGCCAAUUAUUCAGUGCCCUUGUUAAAAGAUGGUGUACUUUCAGAUUUAUAAUUUAUAUGUAAGUUUCCUGUUAUGUAGUUAAUUUACCAUGUUGUGAUAUGUACUCAAUGUUAACCCAGGCUCUUAGUGCUCUCAAUUGAUAUACAGCUAUCUUUAGUGGACUAAAAGGACUGCUAAACACACCUACAGUUUAGACUACUUCAUGGCCUUGUGUCUUAUCCAAUUCUGUACAUUCAUCUUUGCAAGUUUAAGGGAUUCCAGGGUGUGAAAUAGGGGAGCUGUCAUCAACACAUCAAACUUCUCUUUCUUUGUGUAACAGCAGGAGCUUGCAGGCAAUAAGUCAUAAAAUGUAUCAUGAGUACUUCUGUAUUUAUCAAACUUUGUAUAGAUUAAAAAAGAAUUAAAAGAUGUUUUCAAUAUUUCAAACAUCCCAGUCAUCUAAUGUGCUUUUGACUCAAAUUAGGAAUGGCAUUAGCAAUUUGAAUGAAUGAAUGUAUUUGACAUAUUUUUGUAGCAAGAAAAAGUUUAUUAAACACU